AUGCAAGGUUCCGCUAAAGAUAUGGCCGACAUCAAGCCGAAUCAUACAAUUUACAUCAACAACCUCAAUGAAAAGGUUAAGAAAGAAGAGUUGAAGAAAGCUUUGCAUGCAAUCUUCACACAGUUCGGAGAAAUUGUCAGUAUUAUGUGUUUCAAAACGCUGCGAAUGCGUGGACAAGCUCAUAUCAUUUUCAAAGAGAUCUCAUCGGCAUCGAAUGCUUUGCGUGCUAUGCAAGGGUUUCCGUUUUAUGACAAACCUAUGCGGAUUCAAUACGCACGUGAAGACUCAGAUGUCAUCGCCAAGGCAAAGGGGACGUAUGUGGAAAGAGCCGCCCGAGUUCCUGUGCGCAUUCCGAAGAAGAAGAAGACCAAAGGAGCUGGAAGAGCUCCCGGUGAGGAUGGUCCUGCUCCACCCAACAAAAUCCUGUUCUGCACUAAUCUGCCAGAUGAAGCGACAACUGACAUGCUUCAAAUUCUAUUCAAUCAAUUUCCUGGUCUCAAGGAUAUUCGUUUGGUGCCAAACCGUUCUGGAAUUGCUUUCGUUGAAUUCGAGACUGAAGAGUUGGCAGCACCUGCUAGAAUAGCAUUAAAUAACUUUAAGAUCACUCCUGAACAACAAAUGAAGGUAGACUAUGCCAAAAAGUAAAGUUCAGUGAUUAUCACUAUUUCUGGUGAAGUCUAUUUGGUUGUUUAUAAUGAUCUUCAUUGACCUCAUGGCAAUUGCUGUUUGAAUGAUACUGUUGUUGCUAUUGCUGUUUCUAUCCGAAUAAAUGUACGAAUUUUUCCGU